CGCAUCCACCCACCACACUACCUGGAGCCUGCAGGGACGACACGCAUAGCGCGAACAGCUCCAGGACGUCUCCAUACCAAAUCAAAGAGACAUUGACCGCCGGCCACCAUGUCACAAGUCGUAGGCAAAACGCGCCUUGCCUACGCCCGCGCAUGGCACCACGUUGAUGUCGCCAGCGACGAACGCGCCCUCGGCCGCCUCGCCUCCAGCAUAGCCGUCACCCUCAUGGGCAAGCACAAACCCAUCUUCGACCCCUCCACCGACUGCGGCGACUAUGUCGUCGCAACCAACUGUGAGCACAUUCACGUCACGGGCAAAAAGCGCGCACAGAAGCUAUACCGCACGCACACCACGCGGCCGGGCAGCCUGCAGGAGAUCAGCUUGGAGAAUCUGGCGGCGAAGUGGGGAGGCGGCGAGGUGCUGAGACGGGCGGUCAGCGGCAUGCUGCCCAAGAACCGGUUACGGAAAGGCAGGCUAGAGAGGCUGAAGACGUUUGAGGGGGAGGGCAACCCGUACAAGCAAAACUUUCUGAAAGUGAGCAAUGGGGGCGGGCAGGGGAUAAUAGACUUUGCGCAGGUGAAAGAGACUUUGAAGGCUGCGAAGGAGGAUAAGGUAGCACCAUCAUCAUAGUGGAGCAAGGGAAAAGCGGUGGUGUAUAGAGUACGUGUUUGGAUAUGCGGGAUUGCAUGGCAUAAGGAGUUCAGACAACGCUCGGGUAUCUUCUUGUAUCAUAUGGGGCUGUAUUAUGUAGCAGACCAGAGAAAAAACAACCUUAAGAAUAGUUACGCAGGCGUUCUACAUCCGCC